AUGUCGGCACAUCAGCGAUCAUCACCUAAAAGUGCUCGGGUGCACUCAGCAUCCGAUGCGACAACUGACCCAAAGCAGGCAUUGGAGAAGGUCGUGCCCAAGUCUGGUGUGCGUCGCAUUCCCUCGCCAGCUCGCUUCUCUCUGGUUGUUCUCGGAAGCCUUGUUCUGAGCUCAACACUUUUUACCUUGACCGCUGGCUUCACACAAGGCGACCUCGGACUGGUUAGCAAGCACCUGGAAGAAUGGUGGGAAGUGGGGGUUCUGAUCGCGUGGAGGGGUGUGGAGGUCGCUGUCGCGUGGCUCAUUGGAUUUGACAGCUGGGAUGUGGCCUCGUUCCUUUUCCUCACCCAUCUGCCCACCAACAGUUUGCUCUCGGCCUUCUACCAUGUGCGGCCCACCUCGGUAUUUCUGUCCUACACGAUCACCAUUAUUUCUACGGUGAUCCCGUUUGCGCUCCUUCGUCGGUCGGCGUCUGAUCGUCCCACUACAGUCUACACCACUCUCGCAGCCACCGCGAUUUACAGCGUUUUCCUCUAUGCCAGUUAUGCCUCCUGGCUUCCUGCCCAACUUGUUGUUCACUUUGAGGGCCUGCCCGACAUCAGCACUGCGCACGCCGGUCCCGCCGGGCUGCCAGUUUUGUUCCUGACUCUUAUUCCUGCUGGAAUCGCUGCGCGUGACUUUUUGUUCGUGAGUUCUACAGGACACUCUGUCCAGAAACUCGAGCAAGCGGAUUCGUCUGCCAUUGAUGACGAGGAGUACUUGGUCAUCUCGCUGUACCGAAAGACAGUGGGCCAGCUCUCAGCGAAGACCAGGAUCCUUUCCUCCCGUACAUUGCUUUUGGCAGUGGGGGUGCUCGUGAACACCGUGGUGCAGGUGGCAGGCACGGUCCGCGGGGUGUCUGUUGAGGGCGCGGCGAUCUGGGGAGCGCUCUGGACCGCGGCUACCAUUGCGGUGGGAGCGACAUUUGGCUGGAUUGAAGCUGUGGAUGGUGUCUGA